AUGGUGGAACAGAGUGAAACACGCGUGGUUCGCUGUGGUGGCAGUAACAUCAGCUAUAGAGCCCCGAUCAUCACCGGUGACUGCAGGUACCUGCUUUGCGCCUCUGGAGAUUUGGUGAAAGUGUUCAGCACCAGUACAGAGGAGUGUGUACACAUACUGGAGGGGCACACGAAUCAGGUCACCGGACUCACCCUAAAUCCUGCCAACCAUCUUCAGGUCUAUUCCUGCUCACUAGAUGGCACUGUCAGGUUGUGGGACUUCAACGAUGGCAUCCUUAUCAAGACGUUUAUUAUCGGACAACCGACCUCCUCCAUAUACGUCUCGGAGAAACACGCCGGAGUUAUUUUCAUCGUCGUUCCCAUGGCGAGCAACAAAGGCGGCGGCGACUGUUUCCAGUUGGUGGCUGUGACUCUCCCUAAGGUUCUGGAGCAGGAGGUGGAGGCGAGAGAGCUGUCGUCAGUGUUUCCUGAUAUCAGCUCCAACCCCGGUGCCACAGCCUUUGGCAGACAGGGGGAAUAUCUCGCCUCGGCCAAGGGUCUCCAUCUACACGUGUUUUUCUUCAGGACUCAGAAGACGUUCAGGUUUUCUCUGAAGUCCACCGAUAAAAAAGGGGCGAGAAACGCCUUCACCUGUAUAGCGUGUCACCCUAAAGACGACUGCAUCGCCACCGGACACGAAGACGGCAAGAUCCGGCUCUGGAGAAACUUCAAUCAGAAGAAGGAGUACACCUAUUCCACCCAGCACUGGCACCACAAUGCCGUCAGCGCCCUGUGUUUUACACCAGAGGGUACGCACCUGCUGAGUGGCGGCGUGGAGUCUGUGCUCGUCCAGUGGCACUGUGCCGAGGUCAACGAGAAGGAUUUCCUUCCUCGACUGGGCGGGGCUAUCUCGCACAUCUGUGUGUCCCCCGACGGACAGAUGUACAGCACCAGCCACUCGGACAACAAGAUCACGAUCAUCCACUGCAGCUUCCGGGUGUCGGCGGUGAUCCAGGGCCUCGUACGCGGUGACAGCGUUUGGACCGACCUGAUGAUCGACCCCAGGAGCAGAGCGCUGGUGCUGAACGGGAAACCGGGACACCUUCAGUUCUACUCUCUCCAGCGCGACAAGCAGCUGUACAACCUCGACAUCGUGCAGCAGGAGUUCAUCUACGAGGAAGGACUGGACCAGUUUGACGUGGUGAAGGCGGCGUUCGACGCCAGAGGAUCCUGGCUGGCCACGGUGGAGGAGAGAGGCCGCAAAACCUCAGACCUCGAGUUUUCCCUGAAGUUCUGGCGCUACGACGAGAAGGCUCAAAGCUUUGAGCUGAACACCACCAUCACCUCUGCCCACCAUGACGGGAUUACGGGCGUGUGCUUCAGCCCCUCCGCAGAGACCACCAUGCUGGUGACCACGGCUAAAGACGGCCAGUUUAAAGUCUGGCUGCUGGGGUCAGACUCCGACAGCGAGAAGGAGCAGGCCUCCUGGUCAUGUGACUUCGUGGGCAGCUACCACGGGCUGCGUCCGACCGACGGCUGCUUCUCGGCCGACGGCUCCCUGCUGGCCGUGAGCUUCGAGGAGGUGGUGACCGUGUGGAACGCCGACACCUGGGGCCUCCUGACCACGCUGUGCCAACCUCCAGGGGCCAUCAGGGAUCUUUGUUUUGGUCGACUGAGCUGCUCGAAAUACCUACUUGGCACCACCACCAAGAACCUCCUCUGCUGCUGGAACCUGCUCACGUGCACCUUGGAAUGGAGCACGGCGAUGGACGUGUGUUUGCUGCGCCCUGACCCCCUGUCCGAAAACGUGGCGGCUUUUUGCCGCCACUCUGACGACACCGACCUGUUUGUUUUCAGACCCAGCGAGCGUCGUCCUCUGUUUACCCAGAAGGCCGUGUGUUCGGGAGGAGUGCAGCGCUGCGUCUUCGCCCCGAGAGACGAACCUCUGGACAGCUGUGACGAGAGGUCGCAGUGGCUGAACAGAUCUCGGCUCUACUUCCUCACCGAGCGAAUGGAUCUGCUGACCUUCAAUACGAAAGCGGAAGAUGAACGAACCCUGAACUCAAAGAAUCGGCUCCUGGUGGACGAGAGCGUCGCCGUAACUCCGUUCUACCUGCUGCUGGGUAAACACAGACAGCAGAAGGAGGACGAGAGGCUGCAAACUGCCAGCGGUCACAUACCUGACGGGGAUCAGCUUCAUCGAGGAUCAGUCGCCAUCAAAGAGUUGCUGCACACUCCAGCUCACGUGCUCCCCGCCGCCUCGUACCUGUGUUCCAUGUUCCUGAGCUCCCUUCUCAUCUCCAACGGAAGCAGGGACGAUAAGGAGCCCUCGGAACAGGAAACUCGGAGCGACAAAGCGGAAGACUCUUCAGAGGAGGAAAUGAAAACCAGCGUGGGUCAGCAGGAGGUUCGGACGCUGGGCUCGGUCGUGGAGGAACCUCUGCGGCUUUCCAAAGCCGAGGAAAGAGAACUGAGGAGGGUCAAGAAGAGCGAUUUUAGCUGGGUCACCACCGGGUUCAUCGGGUCUUAGCUGCCACGUCCUGACACACGACCACCCCGGACAGUCGACUAAAUAAUAUAAUAAACCCGGUCAUCUGUACAGCACAAGAACUAAACUGAGAGCGCAAACCCGGUCUGUAUGGACGCCCAACCAGCCGAUAGCACCACUGAGAUUCGAGUUCCACGUCUCAGCACUCGUGGGCGAACCUUUAUCUACAAUGUUGUGAAAUGUUUGUGUUAUAUUGUGUAAUAUUACAAAACCGUCUGAGUUCCGAUUCAUUGAUUCCUUUUAUCUGCGUUUGUUAACUUUUCUACAAGUAAAAUACAAUCGACAACAAAACGA